AUGAGCGAGCCGCGGUUCCAGGCGCGGGACGCGCCGCCGCCGCCGAGCGCGCCGCCGCCGAGCGCGCCGCCGCCGAGCGCGCCGCCGCCGAGCGCACCGCAGCCGCCCGCCGCGCCGCCGCCGCCCGCCGCGCCGCCGCCGACGCGCGAGCUGGAGCUCUCGGUGCGGAACGCGGGCGCGGGGCUGCCGGAGCCCAUCGGCCGCGUCGCCGCGGUGAGCCUCUACGGCGACGCCCUGCUGCCGGACCGCCUCGUCCUGCUGAUGGCGGCGCGGACGCGCGACCGGGGCGCGCUGGAAGGCCAGGACCUGGGCGACGCGUGCGUGGUGGCCGCGACGGGCCUGCUCCGGGGCGACGACGCGUCGCGCGCGCGGCUCCGGCGGCUCUGCGGGGCCCUCCGCGGCGACGCGUCCAAGGGGGCCAAGGCCCUCGUGCUGCGCCUCGACGAGACCCGGGUCCUCGCCGUCGUCCCGGACCCGCUCGGCAUCUCGCUCGAGGCCGAGGAGGUCGGCUUCGUCGUCUACGCGGGCGCCGGCGCCGCGCGGCUCCUCGAGGCGCCCAAGGCCAAGGCCAAGGCCCGGCCGGCGCGCCAGCGGUCCGAGUCGUCGGUCUCCCGGCGCUACUCCGAGGACGCGGCCGAGCCGGCCGCGCCCGAGCCGGCGCCCGAGCCGCCCGCGCCCGAGCCGCCCGCGCCCGAGCCGCUCGCCGAGCCGAAACCGCGAGGCCCGGUCGUCACGGUCUUCGGGCCCGCGCCCGCCGAGGCGCCGGCGCCGGCGGCCGCGCCCGACGAGGAGACGGCGAACGACGCGCCGGCGCACGUCCCGCCGUCGGUGUCCACGGACGAGCUGCUGUCGCGCGUCUGGGCGCGGUCGUCGUCGCUCGUCGCCGACGAGGCCGAGGGCGAGGCCGAGGCCAAGGGCGAGGAGGCGCCGGAGCCCGAGCCGGCGCCGCCGGUCGCCGUCGCGGACGCCGCGCCGCCGCCGCGGCCCGCCUGGGCGUCGCCGAUCCCGGGCGACGGCGAGUCGACGCGCGCGGCGGUCGUCGACGCGUGCGGCCGCGACGACGAGACCAUCAUGCUCGCGCUCAAGGCGUGCUACCUCGUGCGCAAGGAGUCCAUGGGUUGGGCCCGGGCCUGCCUGCCCACGAUCAAGGCCUUCCUCGCGCUGCCGUCGGCCGAGGUCCGGGCCGAGGCGCGCGCGCUGCUCGACUCGUGGAAGCCGCCGCCGGCCGCCGCGCCGCCGUCGUCGCCCAAGGCCAAGCCGCCGACGCCCAAGGCCAAGCCGUCGACGCCCAAGGCCAAGGCCAAGGCGCCGGCGACCAAGCAGCCGCCGACGCCGCCGGCGCCGAAGCCGCCGACGCCCGAGCCGGCCGUGCAGGAGAAGCCCGUCGCCCGCCGCGAGCGCAGCGCGUCGCUGCUGAGCAACUGCAGCAGCCUCGCGGAGAAGGAGGCGCUCGCGACGUCCCAGAUCCUGCGCCUCCCGUCGCCGGCGCCCGCGGCGGCGCCCGACGUCGUCGAGGGCAAGGUGACGAAAGCCAUGAUCGACGACGGCGCCUACUCCGUGCGCGAGGCCGAGGCGGUCUUCGCGGUCGGCGAGCGCGUCGAGGCGCGCUUCGAGCGGGGCGCCGAGUGGUACCCCGGCGUGAUCGCGGCCGCCGGCGGCGGCCUCUACGACAUCGCCUACGACGACGGCGACUGCGAGACCGGCGUCAAGGCCACGUACAUCAGCCUCGUCGCCGAGGCGGCCCCGGCGCCCGUCGCAGCCGCGGCGCCCGUCGCGGCGCCGGCGCCCGUCGCGGUACCGGCGCCCGUCGCGGCCCCGGCGCCCGUCGCGGCGCCCGGGAAGCCGCGGCCGAAGCGCAAGGCCGCCGCGCUCAACGCCGCGCCGCCGAGCCUCGCCGCGCCGCGGCCCAAGCGCGGCAAGGUCGACGACUCCUCGCUCGUCGGCCGCCGCGUCCGCGCGGGCGGCUGUUUCACCCACGACCUCAACCCCACGCCCUACGACGGCGAGGUCGAGAGCCACGACGCGGCGACGAACACCUACGUCGUCUACUGGCCCGCCGACGACAGCGAGACGGUCUACACGGAGCGCCAGCUCCGCAGGGUCCUCGUCUGA